AUGUCUCACUACCAUUUCAUCAAAUGCUGUUGUUUCCAGCUAUGUAAUGUCUUUCGUCAGAACAUGGAGAUAGACCAGUGUCUGCUGGAGUCUCUCCCCAUUGGCCAGCGCCAGCGGCUGGUCAGGAGGAUGCGCUGUGACCAAAUAAGGGCGUACUACGAGAGGGAGAAGAGCCUUCAGCGCCAGCAAGGUGGAAUCAAGGUUCGAGCGCCGCCCAUGCAGCGCAAGAAGCACCGCGUCCGCUUCAGCCUCGCCGAUGUCGUACAGGAUGCCAUCAUUCGCCAUGACGACAAAGAAGUGUUGCGGCUCCUGAAGGAGGGAGCAGACCCCAACACUCCCAUUUCUUCUGGGGGAUCUUUGCUACACCUGUGUGCUCGCCAUGAUAAUGUGUUCGCGGCAGAGCUUCUGAUUGAACGGGGCCUGAAUGUCAACCUCCAGGACGAAGACCUGUGGACGGCCCUGCAUGUAGCGUGUGUGUGUGACCAUGCAGACGUGGUGCUGCUGCUGCUGCUGACCGGGGUGAAUGUUAUGCUGCAGGACGUCAACGGAAACAUUCCUCUGGACUACGCCUCCGAGGGGACAGAGACCAGCUGUAUCCUCCGAAAACACCUGGAGGAAAAUGGUGUGGACGUGUCAUCCAUGCAUGCCAUGAAGAUGCAGAGACCUAGCACCAUGCUCUCUGAUGUCAGACAACUUUUAGCCACAAGGGGAAGCCUCAACCAGCCCAAUGAUGACGGUGUCACACUGCUCCACAUAGCCUGUGCCAGUGGUUAUAGAGAGGUGGCGUCUGUGUUGUUGGAGAGUGGAGCAGACCCUCAUCCAGCUGACAACAACUUCUGGACCCCUCUCCACCUGGCUGCUAAAUAUGGACAGACAAGCAUCGUUAGCCAGCUCCUGAGGCACAGAGCAAACCCGACUCUGCUGAACUGCAACCAAGACAAGCCCUCAGACAUUUCUGCGUCAGAGCCCAUAGCUGAGAUGCUGCUGAAUGCCGAGGAGAGCUGGAUGCAGAGACUAAAGGACCCCUCCGCUCCUCUACCCUCCACUGACCAACGCUACGAUGGCGGCUCUCAUGACCUCAACACUCCUGUCAAGAACUUGAACCCCCUGGGUCUCUCUAUCUCCAAGCGUGACAGUCUGCUGGAGAAGUGUGCCAUGUUCAGGGAUGCAGGUGGAGCACUGAGCCGACAGCCCUCACAGGACAAUGGCCUAGAUGGCCCUUUUAGCUCUGGAGCCAGCAAACUGGAGCAGGUCAAGCUGAUGCCUCCAGCUCCCAACGACGACCUGGCAUCCCUCAGUGAGCUGACGGACAGCAGCCUGCUCUACGAGAUGCAGAAGCGCUUUGGAAACGACCAAAUCUACACUUACAUUGGACACAUCCUCCUGCUGGUCAAUCCAAACAAAGAGCUGCCCAUCUACUCCACUUUGGUGAGUCAGUUGUACCUGAGCUCCACGGGUCGUCUGUGCUCUUCUCUUCCACCUCACAUCUUCUCCUCAGCAGAGAGAGCUUACCACAUGAUGCUGCAGGAGAGACGCCCGCAGUGUUUCAUUUUGAGUGGUGAAAGUGGUUCUGGGAAAACAGAGGCCUGUAAGCACAUCGUGAGACACCUGACAGCCCGCUCCAGCCCCAAAGGCUUUGCGUUGGAGCCCAGAAUGAAACAUGUUAACUGCAUUCUGGAGGCCUUCGGUCAUGCAAAGACUCUGAGGAACAACAACUCAAGCCGCUUUAUCAAGUUGUUGACCAUCCAAUACUGUGACAAGAGGAGGACACUGCUCAGAGCCCGUGUGCACACCCACAUGCUGGAGAAGUCUCGCCUGGUCCACCUGCCUCCUCACCAACACAGCUUCAACAUCUUCUAUUUGAUGGCUGAAGGCCUGUCGCCUGAGGAGAAAAGCGAACUUUACCUCAACAAUGUCCUGUCUCAUAGGUAUCUUAGUGGAGGACAUCCAGGGGAGAACCCUCCAGUUGCUACAGCCUCGGCCCAGAGCAGGGAAUGCCUGGCAGCAGUCAAACAAGCCCUGCGAGCCCUGGGCUUUAACAAGCAGGAGGCUGACUCAGUGUUUAUGCUGCUUUCUGCUGUGCUCCAUAUUGGGGACCUACAUUUUACUGCAUCGACGGAUGCCGACACAGCCUUCCCUUCUGACCUGCAGCUGCUGGAGAGAGUUGCUGUAUUGUUGCAGGUGGGCUCCAAUGACCUAAGCACCGCCCUCACCUCUGACGUCCAGUACUUCAAAGGUGACGUGAUCACUAGGCGCCACACAGUGGAGAUGUCAGAGCAGUACAGAGACCAGCUUGCGAAGGCCAUCUAUGGACGCCUCUUCAGCUAUCUGGUCAACAGUACCAACGAAUACCUACAGGGACAAGACGACAGCAUCGGUGAUCCUGCAUUGGAGAUUGGGAUCUUGGACAUCUUCGGGUUUGAAGAAGUUCAGAGGAAUGGAUUUGAGCAGCUGUGCGUGAACAUGACCAACGAGCGGCUGAGGCAGUACGUCUCCGAGGUGCUAUUCCAGCAGGAGCAGUCUGAGUGUCUGCAGGAGGGCAUCGCCAUGGAGACCCCUCGCUCCCCCGGCAACCAGCCAGCCGUUCUGGACUUCUUUCUUCAGAAGCCUCAGGGAUUGCUGUGCGUGUUAGAUGAGGAGAGCCAGAGCCUGCGGCCGGCAGAGCAGACACUGUACAAGAGGCUGUCAACCCAGCUGGACUCCAAUCCGACUUGCGGUCUCUCUCUUACAACCAAGGAUGGCAACGGAAACCCACCGCCCAAAGACCAGGGCCCAGCAUUCACUGUCAGCCACUUCGCCGGACAGAUGUCAUAUGAUCUCACAGGAUCACUCACAAGAAACAAGGACUCUGUUCCUCAGAACCUCCUGUUUACGAUGAAGUCCAGUGAGAGUGUGUUACUGCAGCAGCUAUUCCAGUCCAAGCUGACUCAGACUGGUUCUCUGGUGCCAGCAGCCCAUGGCCGUGCCGGGCUGAGGGGGCCUAAAGCUGCUCUGUUGCUCCACAGGAUGCCCUCAGCCUCCCUUGUCACUGCCAACAUCGUCCCCCAACAGCCCCGGAGGUGCUAUGACCUUACCAAGAUCUUGAAAAAGAAAGGCUCAAGCUCCUUCCUGCAAAGGCUAGAACGCUGUGGUCCCAUCACAGUGGCUGUCCAGCUGAGGAACUCGCUGUCAGAAGUGAUCAGUAAGCUGCAGGCCUGCACUCCUCACUUUGUGGAGUGUGUGCGCCCCAACACCAGUGGUCAGCCAGACAGUUUUGACAGCUUCCACGUGUCCACCCAGCUGCAGUACAUCGGUGUUCUCGAGAUGGUGCGCAUGAUCCGUUAUGGAUACCCUGUCCGCCUGUCCUUCCCAGGCUUCCUCAGCAGGUAUAAAGACCUUGUGGUACCAACGUUGGGAGACAAGAAGAAAUUGUCACCAGAAGAGAGAUGUCGCUCAGUUCUGCAACAGUCCAAACUCCAGGGAUGGCAGAUGGGCAGCAGCAAAGUUUUUCUGAGAUACUGGCAGGCAGACCAGCUCAACGACCGCUGCUACCAACUCCAUAAAAAGAUCAUCACCUGCCAGAAAGUUGUGCGUGGCUGGCUGGCCAGACAGCGGGUUCGUCAUAGGCUGUCAUUACAGCAGAAAGCAGAGGGCAGCGUGCAGCGUUUCCUGCAGGGGGCGGAAGACAUGGGGCUGCGAACCUACGACCAGUUGGUCAUCCAGAAUGCAUCCGACAUCGCACGGGAGAGCGACCGCCUACGCUGCCAUGGCAACAGCCUUCUCAACACCCUUGGCAACAGCCCACCACUUGGUGAGAGACCCGAGCCGGUGGGCAAGGAGGAGGAUCAGCCUGUCAGGAGGGUUGUGGAGAAAAGCGGGAAAGUCUAUGAGGGUCCUGUCAAUGGGGGCGGUCGAGUUAUUCGCCACUUUCGGUCCAGCUCAGUACCCAUCCCCCUCCCCAUGGAGAUCAUGGUCCAUUCCUCUGCCAGUCCAGUCAUCAAACCAGCCCUGCAGCAGGUAGCUCAUACCAAUGAGGACUCAGCAGGUGGGGGAGGUCUUUCCUCUCCCCGGAAGCAACCACCGCCCAAACCAAAGAGGGACCCCAACACUCGUCUGAGUGCAUCUUAUGAAGUAGUUAGUGCAGGGUUGACGAUGUCGGCCAAAGAAUGCCCUACUCCAGAGGGGUAUGGUUCACCAGCUGGAAGCCCUCCUAAAUCCCAGCUGUCCCCGACAGACCCUGCAGCUUUGUCCAAGCCCCGUCCCCACAGUGACGACUACACAACCAUGAGAAAGGUGCCACCCCCAAAACCGAAGCGCAGUCCCAACACUAAGCUCUCGGGCUCGUAUGAGGAGAUCAACGCUGUAGCCCACCACAUCCACCAGCUGCGUCCUGCCGAUGUCAAGCUAGCCUUGCUCUCCCGUGCCGGGGGAUUCGGAGGGUUUGCUGGUUUGCUGCAGAAAGCAGCCUCUGUAGAUGCCCCACAAGGGGUAGGGCUGAGCCUUUACCAGGGCCAAGAUGAAGAGGACGUGUACAUAGAGAUGUUGGGCUCCCAGCCGCGGGCUCGAAGUCUCCAGGAGCCCCCUGAUAGUCCAGAGCUGGCUGACUCAGAGGCAGUCUAUGAAGAGAUGAAAUAUUUCCCUCACGAGGAUAGUGCAACGCCUUCCACUGUGGUUAGCAAGGCUGCCAAACUGGAGGCACUAGGCCUGAACCUGGUGGGAUUAGGGGCAUCUCAUGCUCAAAGCAGGGACACCAAACGGAUGUCAGCAGGGGUGACCGCUGCCAUGGAUACCGCUCACUCACAGAGCACGUCCAACAGCGGAGCUCCCAAAACUCAGCACGGCAAAGAUGGCAGCUGUGACAUCCCUGCUCCCUUCCCCAACUUGCUUCCCCACCGUCCACCUCUCCUGGUGUUUCCCCCCCCCGUCACCUGCUCUCCUGCGUCGGACGAGUCGCCCCUCACCCCACUAGAGGUUAAGAAGCUGCCGGUGUUCGAGACCAACCUGAACUAUGCCACCGGCCCAGACAGCCCUUUGUCCCCACAGUAUGCCCGGCAGAGGGCUGACUCCUCCCCUAGCCUCACUGUCCUCAUGCCAGAGAAGAAGUCCACACCUCCUCUCACCCCUCCACCUCCACCUCCUCCCCCCAACGCCCCACCGCCUCCCUACAGACCUCCUUCACACUUCCCCUUCCCGCCUGAGACUAACUUCCUGUCUCUGACCCGAGCAGCAUCCGUCGCAGGGGGCUCGGACUCCCCCAAAACAUCAUCCUCUCAUAGGACAAGUGGGGAACCAAUUGGAAAGCCACCUCCCUACUCCCCAGCGAAGAUGUCACGUCCUGAGCCUCGGAGGGCACACUCAUGCUCCUCCUCUCCCCUGCUGUUCAACCCAGCCAAUGGCAGACCCCUGACCAGCCCCCUGGAUGAGCUCAACACUCUGUUCAGCUCUGGACGCACCCUGCUGCGGAAGUCCAACUCUGGCCGCAAAAUGCGUGAUGGAGGAUUCAAUUCUAAUAUCAAUCUGCCAGGAAGGGAAGAUUGUGGCUCUGCCCCCACCUCGCCGUCUCUGCAGCUACAGGACAAGAACGCCAACAACCACACACAUCCUCACUCCCAAAGCCCCGCCCCUGUAGAAAACGGAAACCAGAUCUCCAACGGUUCGCUGGAGGAUGAGAGCCACAGCAAGUCAAACUCCUCCAGUUCCACAGCUCUGCACAGACACAUGGACAGCCAUCAUACUCAGGUGUUCCAGCGGUUACGUCUGUCCAACAGGGAGGAGAGCGCCACCCUUGGGGAGCUUCUGCGAUGGCGGCAAGCGCAGUGUGAGGGGCGGGGUGACUGGAAGCACCGCCCACCUCGGUCCCUGACCCUGCCCCCCACGCUGCUCUGGACCAAAAGGAAGGCCUCUCCAUGACAGAGGUUG